CCCUCCUCGUUGCGUCCUAUCCGAGAGCGAUGGAGAGCCUGUUCACCAGCUUCCUGCCUCACGCUCCGGCCAUCUCGAUGAAUCACGGAGCUUCGCGCUCGGAUCUCUUCGGCGGCAGGAGGAGGGGGAGGAAGGAAGCGCUGAUUAGUAUGCCUCGGAGGAGAGCCGCACCCCCUGGCAUCGUUUGCAUGGCCGAACCAUAUCUGAUAUCAAAGUUGGAUUCUGCUGAAAGAACUUGGAAAGAAUUGUCGGUCAAGCUUGCAGAUCCUGAUAUUGUUUCAAAUCCUACUGAGUAUCAGAAGCUUGCACAAUCUGUGGCAGAACUUGAUGAGGUAGUAAUGAACUACAGGAAGUUCAAGGAAUGUGAGAGACAAAUAGAAGAAACGAAAGCUUUAGCAAAAGAGGAUGGGAGCGACCCAGAUAUGGCUGAAUUGGUAUCUCUCGAGCUGGAGAUGUUAUUCGAACAGCUUAAAGAUCUUGAGGAUAAGUUGAAGAUGCUAUUGCUUCCUACUGAUCCUAUGGAUGCCCGCAAUAUCUUACUUGAAGUAAGAGCAGGUACUGGUGGUGAUGAGGCAGGAAUAUGGGCUGGUGAUCUUGUACGCAUGUAUCAGAAAUAUAGCGAGCGAAAUUCUUGGAAGUAUGCAACAAUUUCUAGUUCUGAGGCUGAAAAAGGUGGAUACAAGACUUUUGUGAUGGAAGUUAAAGGAAAACGAGUUUUUAGUAAGUUAAAGUAUGAGUCAGGUGUUCACCGUGUUCAACGUGUACCUCAGACUGAAGCUCAAGGACGUGUGCAUACAUCAACCGCAACUGUUGCAAUAAUGCCAGAGGCUGAUGAAGUUGAAGUGGUGAUUGAUCCAAAAGACAUUGAACUGACAACAGCAAGAUCUGGCGGUGCUGGAGGGCAGAACGUAAACAAAGUGGAAACAGCUGUUGACCUUUUCCAUAAACCAACAGGAAUACGGAUCUUCUGUACCGAAGAAAGAACCCAGCUUCGCAACAAAGACCGUGCUUUUCAAUUACUAAGAGCGAAGCUUUACGAGAUUAAAGUGAGGGAGCAGCAAGAAUCAUUAAGGAACCAGAGGAAAUCACAGUCUCAACAAUUGCAGAUAGGCACUGGUGCCCGUGCAGAGAAAAUAAGGACAUACAAUUACAAGGAUAACAGAGUAACCGACCAUCGCUUGAAGAUGAAUUUUGAGCUCACAUCCUUCCUCUCUGGAGAUAUUGAGGCAGCUAUUCAGGCAUGUGCAACCUUGGAGCAAAAGGAACUGUUGGAGGAGCUGGCUCAGACUUCUGGUGCAUCCAAAGCUUGAUCGAUCAACCGGGGAAACUAGUGGUAGAUGCCACGAGAUGCGCGUGGACAGACCUUCCAAGCACCCAAGAGAAGAGGCAUUUAUUGGCUCUCCGGUCGACCACCGACGGGCGAUGGAGUCAAUCGUCUGUGAUAGAAAGAAAGAUUAAGAAAAGACCAGAGUAAUUAUAAUGUGGAAACAACCAGCGUGCCGUCUCCCUUCUUCUACAAAUACGUGAUGCCUAUCCCAGGCUUUCUCGUAAGAGGGAAAGUAAGAAGAGAUCAUGGCGGUGAAGGUGUAAGGGCCAGCGAUAUCGGCGGCUACGGCGUGCGUGCUCCUGUGCUUGGAGGAGAUGGGGGCGGAGUACCAGCUGGUGUGCCCGUGGACUUGUUUCACUCGCGAGCAAAAGUCCCCUCACCACCUUGCCGGAAACGUAAGCGAAACCAAACCUCCCCCCGCGUGAUUCUUGCAGCCCUUUGGCCUCGUGCCGGUCUUGGAGGACGGAGACCUUUUGCUUUUUUGGUGAGUGGCAUAAGAGACAGCGGAAGAUGUACUUUUAGACAUAUAUGCCCUUGAUUUGCUAAUGCUUUUCGAGGAAAAAUCUUGAACUCAGAAUCAAGAGCUAUCUCGAGGUACGUGCAGCGCAAGUACAAAUCGUCAGGGCCGGACCUGCCGAGGGAGGGCAGCUUGGAGGAGUCGGCAAUGGUGGACUUGUGGUUGGAAGUGGAGGCUCAGCAAUAUGAGAAAGGCAUCUUGCCUAUCUUCUUUCAGAUCAUGGUGGUCCCUGUCCUCUACGGCGAUGUCCCGGACGAGAAGGUGGUGGCGGAGGGCGUGGAGAAGCUCGUCAAGGUGCUCGACGUAUACGAGGCCCGGUUGUCCCAGUCCGAGCACUUGGCCGGGGAUUUGUGUCCAAGCUUUGCAGGUUGGUCUUUUGACAGAGAUUGCAGAAAAUUAAUUGAAGGGACAGAGACUGUCAGGUAGCAAGAUGAGCGGAUUGACCUGAACUCAAUCUCAUUUGUGUUGCACUUGGUGAUCAGAUCAUUCAAUAAAUUGAUGAAUUACAAUA